CGGCGACGAUAUUUGAAAUAACAGCUGUUUACAGAAUGACAGACUGAUGAUUCUUACUACGAAAAGAACGAGGAGUUAAAAAAUACGUGUAAAAUCUUGAUCCUGCUGGAAAUAAUUUUAUGAUUAACAAGAGAGGCAGAGAGGCAACAAUCUAUAUACAGAUCUGUUGCUUCUCCCAUUUGUUAUAAUCAAAAGCUGGCUGUGUUAUAGAAUAUGCUAAAUGAAAAACGUGACGUAUGUUUAUGUGACAAAGUAAGACAAUUAGGAGGCAAGUCAUCAAAGGGAUAGUUCUGUCCUGAUUUACGAGUACAUAAUUCACGUCGAGCAUGUUUAGGGCAUAAAAGUGCUAAUUUAUUAAUUAAAGCAGUGUGUGAGCCCAAAUAGAAUUCAAAAUCGAAAAGGUUCACCCAAUCCCACCUCUAUUCGUGUCACCGGCACUUUAACCGUCAUUAAAUGUUGAAAAUAAGUUGACACCACAAUUGACGACUACUACAUAUCAAACAUAAUAUAAAGAAAAUAUUUGGAUAAACGUAUUAUUCGCAUGUAUAGUACAACAUGAGCAACGAUUCAAAAUUACGGGACGUUAGUAGUGAGGCUUUAACAACAACUCCACACAUAUACACCAAGUCGUUGUUAACCGCCUUCGACUGGAAAGAGUUUGCUUGUGGGUGUGGGGCAGCUUUUAUAAAUAUAGGCGUCACUUAUCCCAUUUAUAAAAUGAUUUUUCGACAAAUGCUCCAUGGUGUGCCAAUAACAUCAGCUUUCGGCCAGUUACGACACGAAGGCUUGGGAUUUCUUUAUCGUGGUAUAUUCCCACCAAUGGCACAAAAAACAAUAUCUCUGUCAAUUAUGUUUGGUGUGUUUGAUGGUUCACGGAGAUAUUUAAUUGACAAUUUUAAUAUGAAUGCAUACACGGUAAAAAUUAUAGCUGGCAUUUCAUCAGGCACAGUUGAGGCUGUACUACUUCCUUUCGAAAGAAUACAAACUUUGUUGGCACACUCAAAAUACCAUGCAUAUUUCGCUAAUACCCCACGGGCGUUCAAUUAUGUGCUAGUACAUCAUGGAUUUUUAGAACUAUAUAGAGGUAUUGUGCCAGUGUUGUGGAGAAAUGGACCAUCAAAUGCCAUGUUCUUUAUGCUUCGUGAAGAAGUGUCAUUAUUUCUACCGGAGACUACAUCUAAAACAACUAAAGCAGCACAAGAAUUUGUCGCGGGUGCAAUUAUUGGAGCGUCAAUUAGCACACUUUUUUAUCCUCUAAAUGUUAUAAAAGUUGCCAUGCAAAGUGAGAUGGGUCAAAAAUCAGAAACAAUGUGGACGAUAUGCAAACGAAUCUACUUUGAGCGAGGAAAUCGUAUAAAGUAUUUCUACAGGGGAUGUGGUUUUAAUUCUUUUCGCUCCUUUAUUAGUUGGGGAAUUAUGAACACCGCAUACGAAAACUUGAAAAAAAUUAUUGGAUAAAAAUGUUAAAUGCUGAAUAAAUUUCGGCAGCCGAUUAUUGCGCACAUGGAAUGUCCAUUUUGUGACAGUGUUGCAGAGGACUGAAUGGAGCCGAACGACGCCUGAUACUUGGUACGUUAAUGUACUUUCACGCCGGGUAUCGUUCUGAAAACAAAUUAGUUUUGUUAGAAUUUGUAAAUAUGAAAUAAGAAUUAGUUUUGUUUGAAAUGUGUUAUUAGUUAAAUUUCUUCUGUAAAUUUAAGUAAAAUUAAAUAGUUUUUUUUUUUAUAAACUGCCCUUAGAACGUAUCAUUCUAUAUACAUUGUAAUGUGGUGUACGUAUAAUAACAAUUUGAAGCUAGAACUUUAUUUGGCAUUCUACUAGAAAAAUGAAUAUGUAAGUAUAAGAAUGUGUAAAGAGUAGUAAAAAAAACCCAAAACUAAGGUUUCGUUAAUUAUAAAUGAAUACAUUGCGCAUUUAGUCAUUUAUCCAUAGCAAACUUUUAAGCUGUUAAAAUGCGGUUUUGUAAAAUACUACUAUUAGCUCACAUGCAACUAGUCCCUAUAAGUACAUAUUUAUUUUGUAUUCACAAUACAUUCACUCACUUUGCUAUGAAUAUUUCAAGAGGUCAAUGUAUUAUAAUUUAUUAAGGCGUAUAAAGCAUUUCUCCUGUAUGUAAAUUGCAAAUUCAUGUAAUAUUAAAAACCAUUAUAAUUAUUUACUAUGGAAUAUAAAUACAUAUGCAUAUGCCUUUAGAAGUAUUACUGCUGUUAUUGUCAUUAGUAUGCUAACAUACAUAAAUGUUUCUGUUCAUAAUAAGAUCAAAGGCUCAGCGCGCAGCCAUUACUUGAGUGACAAUAAAUUUGAUUCUACAUACGUCUGCGUAUCACAUAAGAAUGUAGGUUCAACUUACGUCCGAUUAUUUUUGUAUAUUUCGUAAUAAUGCUUUAAAAUAUCUAGUCAUUUGCCCUUUGUAUCAACAGGUCGACAGAAGUUGUAUUAAAUGUACAAAUGCAUAAAUAGUUACCUGUACAUACACAUUAUAUAUUACUGUUCAUACCUACAUACACACAUAUGUUGUAUUAAAAAAUGACAAAAAUAAAUUAAUGGAAGUAAAAUCAUUAACUGCUGCAAAGUAGUCAGAAAA